GGAGGGAGCCGGCGGGCGCUUGGCAGCGGUGCCCAUGGUGCAGGAUCAGGGCGGCGGGGAAGAAGCCGCCGGUCUGAGCGCCGGAGGGGCAGAGGCGGCCGAGCGAUGGGAGCUCAGGCGGGGAGGAACCGGGACGCCGGAGGAGGAAGAGGAGGACGGAGGUGCCCCGGAGCAGCCUUGCCCGUCUCAGGUUCACGACAUGGAAGCGGCGGGCGCUGCCAAGCCGGGCGAGGGCGCCUCCUGGACCUGCUGCCCGAUGCGCGGGAUAAAGAUGAAAAGUGGGUGUCCAGGACUUGGCUUGUUCUACACCUUAUUAUCUGCCUUCCUGUUCUCUGUUGCUUCUUUAUUUCUAAAGAAAAUUGAAGAUGUUCAUUCAGUGGAAAUCAGUGCUAUUAGAUGUGUUUUUCAAAUAACAUUUGUUCUUCCUGGAUUAAUAUACUUCAAAACAGGAUUCCUAGGACCAAAGGACAAGCGAAUCGUUCUUUUCCUCCGAGGACUCCUUGGCUCCAGUGCAAUGAUCCUUGUUUACUAUUCUUUCCAAGUGAUGCCGCUUGCCGACGCGACCGUCAUUACAUUCAGCAGCCCGGUUUUUACAUCUUUCUUUGCCUGGAUCUUCCUCAAAGAGAAAUACAGUCUCUGGGACCUUCUUUUCACCCUGAUUACGAUCACCGGAGUCGUGUUUAUAGCAAGGCCCCCUUUCUUAUUCGGAUCCAAUGUCCUCGACCUGGAAGAAAGCUACGCGGAUCACCUCAAAGGAACCAUCGCGGCCAUCGCAAGUGCCGUAGCCGCUGCCUUAACGUUUGUCAUCCUAAGGAAAAUGGGGAAAUCCGUCCACUAUUUUCUGUCCGUUUGGUAUUACGCAAUAAUUGGGCUAAUUGUCUGUGUAAUCACGCUUUUUAUAAUGGAUGCGUGGAGUUUGCCCAAUUGUGGUAUAGACAGAUUUCUCCUAAUAUUAAUUGGAGUGUUAGGACUUGGCGGCCAGAUAUUUCUUACUAAAGCAUUGCAGAUCGAAAAAGCUGGCCCCGUGGCUAUAAUGAAAACCAUGGAUGUGGUGUUCGCUUUUAUAUUUCAAGUGCUUUUUCUUAAUCAUAUACCAAGAUGGUGGACAGUGGGAGGUGCUCUGUGUGUGGUAGCCAGUAGCUCCGGAACAGUUUUCCGCAAGUGGUAUCAAAACUCCAAAAGAAGCACAGAACAGAACAUUUAAACCACUAGACGUUCUGUCAUUGUUAAAUAAAACAAAGUAUUAUUUCACUUACUUUCAACAAUUCAUCAAUUGGCCAGUUCUCUCGCCUCUGUGUUUCAUUAUCUAGGAAAAAAAGGUUCCACCACAAAUGCGCGAACGACAAAAGCGCGCCUGACUAAACCGCGGUGACAAAACC